AUGUCGUCGCGGUCUCGAUUACGAUUGUCGCUGACGGUGGAUUCUCCAAAUGCAGGCUCUGAAACCGACGAACAGCUCCUUCCGCAACAACGACCGUCACUUCCCGCUUCGAGAGGCAGCUACAACCAAGACUUGGAGACGCAGCUGCAGCAACAACAACAACAACAGCACAAUCUACCCACUCUCUCCCACCGAUUACGCCAUGAUGCUUCAGUUCUUGCUCUCGCCCUUUCAGAUGAUGCCAUCUUUGCUGGCACCCAACGCGGCGAGAUCCUCGUCUACUCGCUCGACACGUACGACCGCAUUGCCCUGCUCGAAGCACACAAAAGCAGCGUCCUCGACCUCUGCAUCUGUCCAGAAGAAAACCUGCUCUUUUCCACCGCUGCCGACCGCAUUACAAAUGUUUGGGACUUGAACACAUACCAACACGUCUACUCGCUGUACUCGCGCUACGAUACCGGCGAUGUCUUUUGCGUCGCAUACUCGUCUUUGCUACGUACCGUCUACCUCGGCGCUCAAAACACCAGUAUCCAGUGGUAUGACUUGAAAGAGAAGGAUCACAGACCAAAGCCGAAGCUAAACGAUCACCCAUCGUUGAGAGAAGAUCCUUUCUUCGACUCACGGGGGCCUGGCGGUGUUAGAACUCCCAGACCGGCGGAUCAAGGUCUUCCUGCGAGACAUGCUGCUGGAGGCGAUGUUUUGGAGAUCGAUCAGGACAACAUCAAGCACUUUGCGCAUUAUGGCUAUGUUUAUUGCAUGAUGUUGGCAAAGGGUGUUGUGCCUGAUGCUCCGGGCGAUCAGGUCUUGAUCUCCGCUGGUGGCGAUGGUGCUAUCAACCUGUGGACUAUGGAUGCGAAUCGUGGUGGUGCUAUUGAUCUGCUCUAUACACUGGACGAUGGCAGAGAGGAAGGCCAAUCUAUCUUGUCUCUUGCCCUUGAUGCCACUUUCCUCUACUCUGGCCGCACUGGCGGUGAGGUCAAUGUCUGGGAUUUGGAGACGAGACAGCUCGUACGAAGCUUGAAGGCGCAUAGAGAUGAUGUCUUGUCAAUCUGUAUUGGCGGCGGGUAUAUGUUCUCCGCCGCCGUUACCGGUUACGUGAGGAAAUUCGACCGUCAAUAUCAAUGCGCCAGCAGACUUCGCGCCCACGAAGGUCAGAUUUUAACUUCCGCCUUCACAUACCACAAGGGCAAGCCUUUGUAUGUGACUGGUGCCAACGACGAUACUGUCGCUGUUUGGGAUGUCAGCGAUUGCAUCAUGUCGCCGACUGCUGUCAAGAGAACAACUGAUGAGCAGAUGCUUGACCAUCUCAAACGCUUCAUCGCCUACCGUACCGUCUCUUCAGAUCCCAAGUACAAGGGUGAUUGUCGUCGCGGUGCUUCAUAUCUUCGUUCCGUCUUCAAGAGCUUUGGUGCUGCCACUGAGAUGCUGCCCACCGAAGACGGCUCCAACCCCGUCAUCCUCGCUCGCUUCAGAGGCAACCCAUCCACUGCGGCAACCAGGAAGAAGGUCUUGUUCUACGGUCAUUACGAUGUCGUUGCUGCCGACAACGAGCAAGGCAAAUGGAUCACUGACCCUUUCGUCAUGGAAGGCAUCGACGGUUAUCUUUACGGAAGAGGCACAUCGGACAACAAAGGUCCAAUCAUGGCUGCAAUUUUUGCCUGCGCCGAACUCAUGUCAGAGCAAGCCCUUGGCUCAGAUGUCAUCUUCCUGAUUGAAGGUGAAGAAGAAAGUGGUUCGCGCGGUUUUGCAAAUGCCGUCAAACAGCACAAACAGACCAUUGGAGAUGUCGACUGGAUCCUGCUUGCUAACAGUUAUUGGCUGGACGACUCGAUACCUUGCGUCACCUAUGGUCUUCGUGGCGUUAUUCACGCUACCGUUCAGGUUGAGAGUGAUCACCCUGAUUUGCACAGUGGUGUCGAUGGAAGUUCGCAGCUUGAUGAACCUCUGAAGGAUCUUGUCAUGUUGCUGUCUACACUCACGGGCACCCACGGCAAGGUCAAGAUUCCUGAAUUCUACGACCCUAUUCCCGAACUGAGCAAGGAAGAGGAGAUUCUUUAUGAGGACAUUACUCAAGCUCUGGUUGCUAGGAACCCCGAUCUUGGUGACCCUCGAGAUCUUUCACUUUCUCUCAUGCGUCGUUGGCGAGAGGCUUCAUUGACAGUCCACCGCUUCCAAACGUCUGGUCCUGCAAAUGCGACAAUCAUCCCCAGGCUCGCAAAAGCAGCUCUGUCACUUCGUCUGGUGCCAAAUCAAGAAGCAGACACAGUAGGAGAAGCACUGAUCAAGUACUUGCAAUCAGAAUUCAACAAGCUGGGAUCACACAACCGCAUGAUUGUCACUAUCGACCAUCAAGCCGAACCCUGGCUCGGCGACUUCAACAACCAAAUCUUCCAAACCCUCGACAAGGCAAUCAUGGAUGUGUGGGGACCUAUUCCCGAAGUCCCUCAACAUCGCAGAAAAUCUUCUCUAGCUGUCAGCAAAGAAAACGCCCUCAAAGUCACAAUCCCCAAAAAGGAGGAAGUGCAAAACACAAACAUUUCCAAACCAUCGCCUACCACCUCGUCCGUCCUCGCCAAUGGUGGACCCAAUAAUACCUCCGCCCUAUCCGACAUCACCAACGACUCUAUUUCCCUUCCUCUCCCCCAACUCUCCGCCAAAAAACCACGCACCAAACCUCUCUACAUCAGAGAGGGAGGUUCCAUCCCUGCCAUCCGCUUCCUAGAAAAAGAGUUCGGAGCUCCGGCUGCACAUUUCCCUUGUGGCCAAGCGUCUGAUUCUGCGCAUUUGGAUAAUGAGAGACUGAGAUUGGUGAACUUGUAUAAGAGUAAGGAUAUUUUCAAGAGGGUGUUUAAGGAUUUGCCUAUGAAGUAG